AUGUAUUGGAAUAAGGCUCGAACUAUAGGUGAACCACCGUCAUCGUGCCGCGCACAUUCUUCUACACUGGUGGACAAAAAGUUGUUCAUCUUUGGAGGUGGGGAUGGGCCCACGUAUUUUAAUGACUUGUAUAUUUUUGAUACGGAUACAUUGACUUGGUCUAAGCCCCAAACAACCGGCGAUAUUCCAUCACCACGCCGUGCUCAUACUUCAGCUUAUUAUAACAAUAACCUAUACAUAUUUGGUGGUGGUGAUGGUGUGCGCGCCCUUAACGAUGUAUACACACUAGAUAUAACGGACUUAAAUAAUCUAUCAUGGCGAAAACUAGAAUUAAAAGGGGCAACCCCAAUUUCCCGUGGAUAUCACACUAGUAAUCUUGUGGGAAGCAAGUUAGUUGUGUAUGGUGGUAGCGACGGCCAUGAGUGUUUUGAAGACGUUUACGUGCUGGAUUUGGAUGAGAAUACGUGGAUCCCAGUCACGGUUCAAAGCUCUUGUCCUCGACUUUCUCACACAGCCACACAAGUUGGCUCUUAUUUAUUUGUGGUUUGUGGACAUGACGGGACGCGGUACACCGCGGAGGUUCGGUUAUUGAACCUUGUAACUAUGGAAUGGGAAAGUAGAAGGGUGUAUGGGACACCCCCAUCAGGUCGGGGAUAUCAUACAACUGUGUUGCAUGAUUCUCGUCUAUUUGUCUUUGGUGGUUAUGAUGGUCAUUCGGUCUUUGACGAUAUAUUCGUCUUAGAUUUAUCUGCGUGUGCAUAUUUGCCACAGAUAACCAACUUCCAGCUCCCAAGUUGA